CUAAGUAUUAUAUAAUUACAAAAUAUGUACUCAUAUCAGUCGCUACAUUAUACGACAAAUGCAAAUUUAUAAAUUGAAUAUCUUUGCCAUUCUAAGGUUACGUUCGAAAACGUUACUCUUGAAUCACACUGACUCCCCUUGCUUUUUCGGCGAGUGGUUUCGUGGCACACUGGUGGUACUCGUUCAACGUUUUCGAACGAUUCACCCGAAUGCACAUUAAGUACCACUAACGUGUUUCCGAACGGUUAUUGUGUGUUGGUGUGCACACAGUGUGUGUUUCCGAACGCAACCAUAAUCGUGAAGUUCAUUCUACGUACGAAUAGCGCAUUUGACAAAGAAAAACAUACUAAUUAACAUAAUCCGAGAAGGCAUGAAUAACGAAGAAAGAGUCGAUCAAAAGAAAUCGUUGAACUAGAAGGGAUUUGAGCUCAUAAAGUGUGACGUCACUAUAUUGAUAUUAUCAUCAAGCCAGGAGAAACUCUAUCGCAACAGUCUUGAUUCUACCUUCGUGAAACGAACACGUUCUCCGAACGCCUAUGAAUGAGAAAAUCCGUACAGUAUAUCUUUUUAAUAUAUCAGUUCAUUACUUUUCCAAACAUUAAAAUUUUUGAAAUGUGGAAGUAUCGAAAUAGCCUAUUUAUCCAAUUAUGCUGCAUUUGUCUCUUUGCGUUUAAUGCAAAUGGUGCACCAGUUGUAACAAUAUCAAAUGGCACAUUAGUGGGUACAAUUAUGUACACCAGACUUGGAAGAGAAAUAAAUACAUACCGAAGCAUUCCCUAUGCUGCUCCGCCGGUUGGAGAACUUCGAUUCAAGCCACCACAACCUGCGUCCGCCUGGAAUGGUAUACUACAGGCCGUGCAAGAUGCUCAGGAGUGCACGCAACGUAAUGUCUUCCUAUACAUGGAGGACAUUAUCGGUGAUGAAGAUUGCCUUUACCUAAACGUCUACACGCCAAGCUUUACAGAAUCCCCUGAAAAAUCGACAUUUGCUCGAUAUCCGGUCAUGUUUUAUGUCCACGGUGGCGGAUUUCUCGGUGGGGGCAGCCACUCUGCUUUUCACGGACCCAGAUUCCUAUUGGAUCAAGAUAUUAUCCUCGUCACUGUGAAUUAUCGACUUGGACCAUUGGGUUUCUUAAGUACGGAGGAUUUAGAAUGUCCAGGAAAUCUAGGAUUGAAAGAUCAGCAGCAAGCCCUGCGAUGGGUGCAGGAGAACAUUGCACAUUUUGGCGGUGAUCCAAACAGAGUGACUAUCUUUGGUAACAGUGCAGGCGGUGCAAGUGUUCAUUAUCAUAUGGUCAGUCCUCUUUCAGAAGGUCUCUUCCAUCGUGGCAUUUCACAGAGCGGUACCUUUUAUUGUCCAUGGACUUUAACACCACCAGGAACUGCGAAGAAGAAUGCUAAAAUCUUAGGCAGUCAUCUAAACUGUAAAACCCAAGAUUCCAAAGAAUUCAUUGAAUGUCUGCGCACAAAGACUGCAAAGGAGAUUAUUGGCACUGAUCACAUUUUCCAGCAAUUCGGUUACUGUCCGUUAAUACCUUUCAGACCAGUAAUCGAACCCAAACAUCCAGGUGCUUUUAUAACAGAAGAUCCUGUAAUCUCUGUGCGAGAAGGUCGUCUCGCUGAUGUACCUUGGAUGACAGGGAUCACUUCGGAGGAAGGAUCUCUCAAAGUACCCGGUAUUUAUGGAGGAAACUUGGUUAAAAGACUAAAUGAUGACUUCAUAAAUAUCGCGCCUAUAAGCUUAUUGUUUCAAGAAAAAUAUCGCCUUCAUGAUAAAAAAGUCACAGAUGAGAUAAGCAGCACCAUCCGCAAAUAUUACUUUGGUCAUGACGACAUCGACGAAUCCGACAAAGCCAGAUUCAAUGCUAUCAAUAUGUACAGCGAUGCAUGGUUUAGUCACUGUGCUCACACGGCCGUGCGAGACUUUAUUGUGAAUCAAACUUCGCCACUCUAUUAUUAUUACUUCGCGUACAGAGGAAGCGCAUCCUUGAGUUCGAUAUUCGGUGAUUCCAACAAAAAUUAUGGAGUAGCACAUGCGGAUGAAUUGCAGUAUCUGUUUCCUCAGGAUUUUUUGUUCAAAGACUUGAAAUUGACUGAAGAUGAUAAUAAGAUGGUCGAUAUUUUAACAACUAUGUGGUACAAUUUUGCAAAAUCCGGAAAUCCAACACCAAAAAUUACAAAGUUAAUUCCCUUGAAGUGGAAGCCGGUGAAAACAAAUGACUCACCGGAAUAUUUGCAUAUAAAAAGCAAGGGUAUUUUUGUAGAAAAUAAUCUUCUGUCGGACAGAAUGACAUUUUGGGAUACCUUAGCAGAUCGGAUGAUAGCCAUUGGUGAAAUUUCUAAGACUUCUAAAGAUGAAUUGUAAUUUACAUUUGCAUAAAUCAAUUGCAAAAAUUCUUUAAAUAUCGCCAAAAGAUCAAAGGGCUGAGAUUUUUAAGAUUAUCUUUUUUUUUAUUAUCUUUUUAAUCAUUUUUUUAAUUUUUAUAUAAGAUU